AUGCAGCAAGGUCGAGACCCUUUUCCUUUUCCCAAAUACGAGAAUGAUCAGACUUUUACCGGAAUUAAGCCAUGGCAGAAAACACCCUUUAAAAAGCCCACGCACAUCGCACAGAAUGAGGAACCCUGGAGCCGCUUGAACAGCAGCCCGACUUUCUCUAGCUUGAGGAGAAGUGUUCUAUACCAUAAAGAGACCCCGAAAGACAGCCUGGACUUCCAUCUCAGCGCUGUCUAUGAUAACCAUCUGCUUUUCCUCCUGAAUAAGAAUGAAACUUUGUUCCAGAAAGAAACUCUGCUGAGAGACCUUGGAGAUAACGAUGAGGAUGUCCCAAAACGUGAUGAUAAAAUGAAGCUAAGAGUGUGGGUAAACCCCCAGAAAGCUUCCAUUCAUAGCAUUGAGGGAGCCAUCGAGUCUCACCACAACGCUUCUACAAACCAAGGCUACUCCAGGAAGCAAGAUGGCGGCUUUUAUAACAUUUAAUGCUGAAGCUACAAACUUCACUUUGCAGCAACUUCUGUGAUACGAGAAGAAAAAAAAAUCCACUGCCGUCGCUAGCUAAAUAAAUAGAUACAGACAGAACAGUUCAGUAGUCGUCUUUAAUUAAGAAAUGAAAGCAACACACGCAAUUUGUUCUAGUUAGCUAAUGCAAUAACCGAGGUUAGCUAAAGCUAAUUCUGGACACACACACACACACACACAGGUAGGAGUUAUGGUGAAGAUCAGAAUCGCUUCUAUACUCAUAGACCAGACAGGAAACGCUGGAGGAAAACCUCCAGAAUCCCACCGGUACUAGUAUAUCUGAUCGAGUCAUCAUUUCUAACCACAAUCUCCAUUGCGGUGCCCUGAAACUGCUAUCCGGCUAGAAAAAGCCCAAACGCUCAUCGCCACAGCGGGCUAACGAGUCUUUUCUUAUCAUUUCUGAAUCCGGGCAGGGCAACACCACGGAUCAGAUCAAAUAAGAUCACGGUGUAGAUUUUUAAAGACAUACAAACACAUUCAUUCAAACAACACAAACACUCAGGUCAUUCAAACACAACACACUCACCCGACAACACUCACACAAUGGGAGUCUGUUUCCGGGUUAGUGGCCUUUUAUAGCACUCGGCUGAACUAACAAAACAAAAGAUGAUCAGCGCCACUGUGUGGCCAGUGUGGGGUAUAACCGAUAAUAUUAUGACAAUAAUAUACAGAAAACUUGACUUCAAGCUUCAGUUGCUUUCUAUAUCUUGACUAAUAUUGA